AUGAACAAUGCCAUAAAACGUGUGGUUGUAUCCGAUGAAGACCUCUACUACUUCCUUUUGAUAAACUCGUGGGGUCCGGGCCAGGGAGUGUGCAUAUUUGGAAUUAUAACAAACAUUCUAAACAUAAUCACUUUUGUUAAACAGGGUAUACAGGACACUGUAAACAUAAGUCUCUUAGGUCUGGCCACAUCAGACCUGGGUUCCCAGAUCACACUUCUGUAUGCAAAUCUCAAUGUGAUACCGGCGUUCGUGGCCCUUGACCUCCCGUUUGAAGCUGAUGACAUCAUGUAUAUUAAUGGUUUAUGUCACGUGAUCUUCACUAGAGUCAGCGCGUGGAUAACCGCUUAUAUCACACUAGAGAGGUGCCUCUGUGUUACUCUGCCCCUGAAAGUUAAAAAUGUCUUUACCCCCAACCGAACAGUCUUGUAUCUUAAUCUUAUGUACAUUAUCAUGUUUGCCAGCGUAUUCCCAUGCUUCUACACCAUGCGACCUGCAAAAGUCUUUGACCCACUUCGAAACAGAACCAUUCUUAGAAUAUUGUAUGUAGAAGGGCGAAAAAUCAUAGAAAACAUUACAUUCGUGACCAACAAUGUAAUACCAUCAAUAGCGUUAUGUCUAAUAGUGAUUUGCACCGCAGUUCUUGUCGUUAACUUACGACAGAAAUCAAAAUGGCGCAGAAAGGUUACUUCUGAUAGUUCUAAAAGCUCAGUAGCUAUGUCUAACAGGGAUAGUAAAGCGGUCAAAAUGGUUGUUCUAAUAGCGGCUAUUUUCAUCAUGUGUUAUGUGCCCAGCAUGAUUGCUUUUCUAUAUAUUUUACUGGAUCCCGACACAAGAAUUGAUGGGUAUCAAAGAAAUCUGUGUUGUUCGCUCUUCGCGGUGUUUUUUCAUCUGGAAUCCAUAAAUGCUGGAGUGAAUACCUUUGUUUUACUACAAUAUGAGUUCAAAGUUUAA